AUGGUUACUGCGUGGCAGCCUCCUUUCAACUAUCGCAGUCGGCCUGUCGCCGUUCUCGGGGCCGGUGUCCUCGGACGUAGAAUAGCUUGUGUAUGGGCAUCGACAGGAUACAAUGUCAAGAUCCGGGACCCCAGCAAACAGCAACGUGAUGAAGGCGUUGCCUACGUCGAAGAGAAUGUGGCGUCAUACGCCCAAAAGACUGGCAAAACACCUGGCAAAGUGAUGGCGUUUGAAGACAUGGAAGACGCUCUCGCAGAUGCUUGGAUGGUCAUAGAGGCCGUGCCGGAGAAGCUUGAACUGAAGAUUGACGUUUUCGCCGAACUGGAUGGCCUCGCGCCUGCUGACUGCAUUCUUGCAACAAACUCAUCGUCUUACAAGUCUUCCGAUCUGAUAAGCAAAGUUUCUCCCGCUAGGAAGACUCAUGUGUUGAACACACAUUACUUUAGACCUCCGGAAUGCAUGCUGGUCGAAGUCAUGACAUGCGGCUACACGGCGGAGGGAAUCAUCCCGUUCGUGGUCGAACGGCUACGAGAAGCAGCACUAAUACCGUACGUUGCAAGGAAGGAAUCCACUGGCCUCAUCAUCAAUCGCCUUUGGGCUGCGAUCAAGCGCGAGAUCUUGAAUAUUCUUGCUGAAGGGGUGUCGGUUCCGGAGGAAAUCGAUGCCUUGUGGAAGGAGAUGUUUUCCACCGGUCGUCUAUUGCCUUGCUUGACCAUGGACCUGGUUGGUCUUGAUACGAUAGCCUACAUCGAGGACCACUACAUCGCAGAGCUUGGCUUGUCCCCUGAGAAGACAGUAGACUUCUUAAAGAAGUACUACUUGGAUCACGGCAAAUUGGGCGCCAAGUGUGACAAGGGCGGGCUCUACCCUCCUUCGAAAUACAAUGCAAUUGCCAGCAACGGUGUCUUGAGCGAGCCCAAGCUUCUGGUCUUGGAUCUUGGCCUGUCCGCUGCUGAGCCGACGAUGAACUCAGGCAAGAUACUGCAGUUCGGCCUGGAUGGGAAGCCUCCAAAGGUGCUUGUUGACAACCAGGAUUUACCGGACGGCAUCGACAUCGAUCAUCCAAGCGGUCGUAUGUUUUGGACCAACAUGGGCAUUCCGGGAAACCCUGACGGAUCUGUUUGCUCCGCCAAUCUUGACGGGACAGACGUUCGCACCAUUAUCGCCCCUGGAACGAUCAACACACCCAAGCAACUGACAGUGGAGAGUGUGAGCAAGAAGAUCUACUUUUGUGAUCGCGAAGGCCUUUCCGUCUUCCGCUGCAACUUUGACGGCUGCGACCUGGAGCGAUUGAUACAGAAUGGCAGUUCUGAACACGAGGUAGACGUGCGGGAUGCCACGAACUGGUGUGUUGGCAUCGCUGUCUCUCCGAAGCUGGGCAAGUUUUACUGGAGCCAAAAGGGAUCAUCAAAGGGCAACAAGGGACGUAUCUUUUGCGCCAAUAUCGCAAUGUCACCAGGUCAGUCGGCGCAAUCGAGGGAUGAUGUCCGCUGCCUCGCGGAGGGCCUGCCUGAACCAGUUGACCUUGAAGUGAAUGAAGAGACAAACAGUCUGUAUUGGACUGAUCGCGGCGAGGUUCCAUUCGGCAAUUCUCUCAAUAGGCUGCAAUUGGACAAAUCUGGACUCGUGGCAAAGACUGCUUCGCCGGGUGGCCAUGAAGUACUGACCAGACAUUUCAAGGAGGGCAUUGGCUUGAAGUUGGAUACCAAGAACUACCGUUUGUAUGUGACUGAUCUGGGUGGCCGCAUCUACCAGUGUGAUCUUGAUGGGAAGAACAAGACUGUCAUCUUUUCGGAUGACUAUCGAGCAUUUACUGGUAUUACUCUUUUGUGA